AAGAAUGGUCAAAAGAAAAAGACCAAGACCUGAAAGAAUCAUCAGGAUAUGAUUCAGGAACAGGCGGAAUAACAAUUCCAUUGGGAAUGGAAUUCGAAGAUCCAGAUGUAAUGGAUCUAGCAAGAAGAAUGCAACAAAUGACAGCUGCAGCACAACAUGAACAACCACAAAGUAGGGAACAACAAAAACUAAACCAAACCCUUAUAAGAGAAGCUCAACAAGAAGCUGAAAACUUUAUAGACAGUAUAAUACUACCAGAGAUGAAAAAGAAUAAAAGAAAGAAAAAGGAAACUCCUAAAUUAAACUUUGAAAAUAAACCAGGAGAAAGUAGUAAUAAAUCACCAACAAAAAUGGGAACAUUCUUCAAAGCGAAACUAUCACAAUUGGAUAAAAUACUACAACAAGAAGCAGACAUGAGUGAUCCAAAAAUACGAAAAGGAAUUCAACA